CAAAAAAAACCGCAUUGGCCACCGUGCUGGAUCACAAGCGCCGCCCUGGGCGCCAGACAGCCAUCAGGAUCAUCUGCCUGCAUCGAUGCUGCUGCAGCCGCCCAUUAAAUGUGAAGCCUCGCUGUAUGCCUUGUCCCCCUACGAGAGCAGUCUCUACCAUGAGAUCAACAACAAUUCCUGCUAUAGACAGAAUCUAAACAAUCAGCAGCAGCAGCAGCACGAGCAGCAGCACACACAACAGCAGCAGCAGCACCAGCAACAGCAGCAAGAGCAACAGCAACACCAACUGUUGCCACCACCUUUGCCACCAUUGAUAUAUCCCUGCCGCAAUCUCUUUCCCGACGGCUGUGAUAUCACACAUUUGGCCUGCUGCAGUUCCUCCUCCACAUCCACAUCCAGCUCCUCGUCCUCCUGCAGUCCCACCACCACCACCAACAGCAGUGGCAGUGGCAGUGUCACCAGCAGCUUUUAUGCCAAUGGAAACACGUGUAUGUAUUGGUUUUUAUUUUUCCUUUUAUUUUACGGUGCUGGGUUUUCGCUAAUCGCCGCACACGCCGCGUAUACGCAAUAUCACGUAUACGUACACGCAUUGCCCCAUACGAGUAGAAGCAGCAGCAGCAGAAGCAUUCGGUAAACGGUUUGCUCAAUCCAAAUGGUUUUUGGGGGCAUGUCCCCAGGGGCGUGGGGGUGAGGCAAGAGGCGUGGCACGACGCACAAUGACGACAUAAAUUUUCAUCAACAGAGCUCAAAAUGCAGCAUAACAAAAAAUGGUGAAAAUAUUCAACAAAUAAUAAUAAAGAAAAAUAUGAGUGUAGUGUUUGCAUUUGUGUGGGUUGUCUGUCCUUCUGUCUGUCUGUCUG